AUGGCUCGCUUUCCACUUUUAAUAAAAAUUGCAAACGUAUUGGCUUAUGUUUUUCUUACUGGAGCCAACGUAUACUCCGGCUUUGGUCCUGAAGAGGAUGAUUCUCCAUACCGUACAAACCAUCCAACCUAUAUUUCUCCAGCUUCUUUUGUAUUUGGUAUUGGGGGUCUCAUACAUUUCUUGUUAGGUGGUUACGUUAUCUAUCAAUUCUUCAGCUCUAAUCAAGAAGUUGUUGAAGAUGGCGUUGGCUGGAAAUUUGUUGGAAUUUCCUUGUUGAACACUUUAUGGCUUUAUCUCUGGGUAUGCAUUUUACAGCGCCACUUUCAUGUAAUUCAACUUUCAAGGGUUUAUUAUCUUAUCAAAACGGAUUAUGCCGGAGGCAGUUUUAACGAAAAAGUCUUUAUUCAUGCACCAUUCUCUCUUUAUAAUGCAUGGAUCUAUGUAAUGUUUAUUAUUAGCAUUUACGCUGCCUUCUUACCUGUUAAGGAGGAGGAUGAAUCACCAAGCAUUUUAGUUAAAUCAUUUGUUGUUUUGGGAUUAUUUAUCCUUGGCUUUAAAGCUUCAAUUGUUUACAUCGAAGCUGCACAGGGCGACAUUGUUGGUGCUGUUGUAAUUGCUUUUACUUUGUACGGAAUCUUCGUUGAACAGACGGAUCCAGUUAUUCAUUGGACCGCUCUUGGUUUUGCUAUUAUUACUUCAAUUCACAUCUUGAAACCUUUCUAUCUUAAAUACGUCCGUGGUGAAGAAGGCGAAAGAGCUCGAUUGUUACCAUAA